UAACUAAGGAACUAUUUAGAAUGUUCUGAGAUUCUCGGCGACCGUCCUCGCGCACGUAUCUAAUGCGCGGCUCAUUACGUCCUGUUUCUGGUUUAUGAAUUUUUGGGCGAAACGGUGUCGUCACCGGUUCUUUUAGAAUAAAGGGAAGUUAAAGGAAAGGAAGGCUGCAGAGAAGAUCGUCUUAUGCAGUGCUGUCCCUCCUGUCUCCAAUGCGUCCCACUUUAACUGCCUUCUUUACAUUCAUUUACGACGGUGGAGAGUGAGGAUGAAGGCGCUUCUCAUCCUCCUCUUCCUCGUGUCUCCCGGCAGAUGCCAUCCCAGCCACACCUUCCACAAAGUCAUCGAGAACUUCGCGGUGAGUGAGUACGGCAUCUAUGUGUCCACGGAGGACCACCUGUACCAGCUGAACCGUGGACUGCAGGAGGUGACACCGGCCCGAAGCGUGGGCACCUUGUUGAAGAUCUUCGUGGUGUUCGAGAAGAACGGCACGCUGAUCACCUGCAUGACUAAGAACUGCAGCCACUGCGAGGUGCUCGACCUCAAGAACAUCUCCAACACCAUCUACUCGGAGGCGGUGGCCGUCUCCCCGAUCGCCCGCGAGGACUCUGCCCUGGGCUUCCUCAUGCACCUGCCGGGGAGCGACACGUACCUGGUGGCCGCGGUCUUCCAGAGGGAGGUUCCCGCCCGCUGCCCGCGACGCGACGAGCUGGUGACCCUCAGGAACACCCAGGACAAGCAGUCUGGCGGGAUCUUCUCCGCAAUCGGUGAGGGAGAGCAGCCCCACAUCAAACUGAGCAGAAAACUUCUCGUGGUCCGCUUCGUGGACGGCUUCCAGAAGGGUCCUCGCGUGUACUUAUUCCUCAACAUAGAGGACAAAUCGCGGCCGCUGGUUCGGCUCCUCUGGAUGCGGAGCAGCUCCAGCAAGGCGGACGCGACCAACUCCGUGAGAAGCGUGACGCUCGAGUGCUGCGAGGACAAGGCGCGCGCGGAGCUCGUGUCCUCCGCGGACGUGGACGGCGGUCCCGCGGGCUUGUGGGCUGGAGUCUUCCGAGGGAACGAGACGAGCGACCCCACGAACACGGCGCUGGCGCUUUUCGACAUCACAGAGGCAGAGAGGAGGGUUCCCCGCCCCGACCCCUAUUUCUGCGACAGUAGUUGUCAACUUGGAGAGAGUGUUAAUGUAAUGGAUGCUAAGCCACUGGAGCCUUUGGCCGUCGUGUUUAAAUACCACUCGAUGACAGCAGUGACAGCGGUGUCCAUCCAGUCCAGGGUGGUUCUGUUUGUUGGGACGGCUGAUGGUCAGUUGAUCAAGAUUUCGCUGGACGAGAACCUGAAGCCCACCUGUCCAGCCAUCCUGCACAAAUCUGAAGAUGACCGCAAGUUCUCCAGAAUGAUCCUGGACCCAGUGGAUAAGAAGCAUCUCUACGUGGCUAUGGAGAAACGGCUGAUGGCGGUGAAGUUGGACAAGUGCGGUGACUAUUUGCACAUGAACAGCUGCUUGUCUGUGCAGGACCCCCUUUGCGUGUGGUGUGUCUCAGAACACAGGUCUCUGCUCACCAUAUGCAUGUUUCACAGUGAAUGUUUGGGACCAAAUAUGAUCUCCAUUAGCAAGAGAUCUGCACAGAAUACAAUAGCUGCAUUUGAAGUGGGACAGAUUUCACCUGAAAUGAUCAGGGUGAACCUGACUACCCUUCUGAGAUGGACUGGAAGUCCUGCUUUCUCAUGUGCCUUCACUGCUGUGGGUGAGGACCUCUGUGAUGGGACUGAUGUGGAACCAAGUCUCUUCUACUGUUCCUGUAGAUUCCCAGUGAAAAGAGUUCCUGCUGAAGGCCUUGAUAUCCAAGUGAGAAUUAAUAUAUCAGAGGAAGUUAUAAUUGAGAACUGGGUUGUAAAGAAUUGCUCCAGCAUAACAACAGCCUCAGAUGAUGGAUGCCAUGAGUGUGUCACAUCUGGCUGUAUCUGGAAUUCUAACACCUGCUCUUGGAAUUUUGGAAACUCAAGACAAACCCAGGCAAAGUGUGAUGACUUCUCUUCUACGCUGAAAUACUUGGAACCAAAAAUAAGUAGCAUCACACCAAACCAAACAUCCUUCUAUGGGAAGAAUAACGUUAUAGUGUCUGGAGAAAACCUUGGUAAUGUGGCAAAGAUGCGUAUCCAAGAAAACGUGAACUGCCACCCAAAGGAGUCGCCGGUGUUGACACGCACGUCGGACAAACUGACAUUCCACCUUCCCGGCGGCAACAAAGGCGUUGUGACCGUGUGCGCAGCGCUGCCGAACGGGAAGUGUUUCGGGUCCCAAAACGUCAGAUAUGGAUCCUUGCCAUUUUGCAAUGGCCUGUCGCCAAACACCUCCUGGAUCAGUGGAGGAAGGAAUAUAGCAAUCUCUGGUGAAAAUUUGAAUUUUGUGGAUGAGGUCAUUCACAAGGACUCUAAUUCAUCAGUUUCCAAGAUCUGUGAAACAUCUCGGAUUCUGAAGUACUUAUCUCCAGCACAAGAAAAAAAAGUGGCACAAGUCAAUUUGAAGGUGGCGAACAGCACGAUACCAUGCAGCAAUCUGAAAUAUCUACCAGAUCCACAGUUUACCAGAUUCAGAGCAACACCCGCAGGAAACCAUCUGUUUAUCACAGUUGCGAAAAAGGUGGAUGAACUGAACAUAAAUAUAACUGAGCUCAAGAUAAAUGCCACAGAGGGGGACAAUGUACAUAUAUGCACGCCACUUAAAAUUGAGGUGGGCAGCGAGGCAGGGGAGGACUCUGUGAUCUGCGAAAUACAAAAUCAGGCCCAAGCAAAAAUUCACUCCGUUAAGAUAUCGAUGGGAAAUUUCUUCACUGAGCUCCAAGAACAGAAUAACAAUUUUUAUUUACUUACACUCCUGAUCGCAUUGGCGUUUAUACCCCUUAUUAUCAUGGUGUUUGUUUAUCGUGUUAAGCAGAGGAAGCUGUCGAAGCAGAUGAAUGAACGUCUGGAAAUGCUGGAGUGCGAGAUCCGAAACGAAAUCAGACAAGGUUUUGUUGACAUGCAGACGGAAACGUCAGCGCUGAUUGAAAACGUCGGCACAAUCCCCUUUUUGGACUACAAGCAUUUUGCCUCCAGGAUAUUCUUUCCUGAUGCUGGACCUGGGACUAAGUGCUACAUCAGAGAUAUUGACCAGGAUCAAGACAAAAAGCAGCUAGAUGGGAGCUGCAUGGCUCUGGCACACCUCCUCCGAAACAAAGUCUUCAUCACCUCUUUCGUCCACACCUUGGAGGAGCAGAAGAAUUUCACUAUAAAGGACAAGUGCACCGUGGCCUCCCUGCUGACGAUUGCUCUGCACGCGGACCUGCCCUACCUGACGGAGCUGAUGGAGGACCUGCUCAGGGCCUUGAUGGAGCAGUCCAGUAACGCCCAGCCCAAACUCAUGCUGCGCCGCACAGAGUCCAUCGUGGAGAAGCUACUCACCAACUGGAUGUCCGUGUGCCUCUACGGCUUCCUGCGGGAGACCGUGGGGCAGCCCCUGUACUUGCUGGUAUGUGCACUGAGCCAGCAGAUCAACAGGGGCCCUGUGGACCGCGUGACCGGGAAGGCUCUGUACACGCUGAACGAAGACUGGCUGCUGUGGCAGGCCCAGGAGUUCAACGCCGUGACCCUGAAGGUGUCCUUUUCCGUCGCCUCGGGCGAGGAGAGCGAGUCCCUGGACGUGGUCAUACUGGACUGCGACACCGUGGACCAGGUUAAGGAGAAGAUCCUUGAGGCUUUUAAGAGCAAGUUUGGCUUCCCCUACAGCAAGCCGCUUGGGGAGAUAGACGUUGAGUAUGUGAAAGAAGGCGGCUCUCAAACGCUGUAUGAAGUGGACAGAAGCUCCGAGGUUCUCGGGGAGGUGACGUUACUGAACACAGUAAAGCACUUCCAGGUCCCUGAUGGAGCUUCUAUCAAAGUGAUCAGCAAAAAGGCCCACUCCACCCUUUCUCCUCAAGUCAGCCUGAAAGAUGAUCAGAACUUCUCCACUAAGUACUUCCACUUGAUUGAUCCGGACAUUGACAACAACAAAGAGCAGAACCCCGAGAGAAAGAAGUUAAAGCUCAAAGAGAUCUACUUAACAAAACUGCUCUCCACAAAGGUAGCAGUCCACUCCUUUGUUGAAAACCUGUUCAGAACCAUUUGGGGCACCACGAACGGCAGGGUCUCACCUGCCAUCAAGCACUUCUUUGACUUCUUGGACUCUCAAGCAGAAAGCAAGAAGAUCACAGACCCAGAUGUGCUACAUAUCUGGAAGACCAACAGCCUGCCCCUGCGUUUCUGGGUGAACAUCCUAAAAAACCCUCAGUUUGUGUUCGACAUGGAGAAAACCCCUCACCUCGAUGGCUGCCUGUCUGUCAUCGCCCAGGCUUUUAUGGAUUCCUUCUCUCUGGUCGAGCAGCAGCUGGGAAAGCACGCACCCACAAACAAGCUCCUGUACGCCAAAGACAUCCCUCAGUACAAGAAGGAGGUGAAGGCCUAUUACCAGCUAGUGAGGGAACUUCAAGGGCUUACAAACCUCGAGUUCAAUGACUUCCUGCACCAGGAGGCAAAGAAACAUGGAAAUGAAUUCAAUGAAUCGGCUGCACUCCGUGAAAUCUACAAAUACCUGGAGCGUUACUUCAACCAGCUCCAGGAGAAGCUGGAACAGAACUCAGCCUCUGGUGAGCUGCAGCAGCAAGUGCAAAAUGUAAGGCAGCAGUUCGAAAACCUGAAGAGCUGUUCUUGGGAAUAAACUCUGGGCCUGUGGUGCACGUCCCUGCCCAGUCACACAAGGCGAGGACCUUUCUUUUCAACAGCUACCAAGGAGAAAGUGCUGCAUGGUAAUGGAUAGUUGUACAGUUUUUUUUUUUUUUUUUUCUUGUGUGUUUGGUUUUGUCCUGAAAAAAAAAAUCUCAAAGUGAAUUUCCCUCUGGGAUUAAUAGUUUCAAACAUUCAUUCACUUCUCACAGCUUGAAAUACAGCCAACACUCAGGAACAGUGCCAUUGUGAACAUUUUUUUUUUUUUUUUUUUUUAAUAUACUUCACCUGCAGGUACUGACUGCUUUGUUAAAAUGUAUUUAUUUUAAAUAGUGUUGCUAGUUAGACUUCCCCUAAAUAAAACCAUGAAGCUGACUUGGCGCUGAAACGGCUUGCCAAGCAGCAGUUCCUGUUUCUACAUCAGUAUUGAAUCUCUGGUCUGAGAGGAACACAAGCUAAAUUUAAUUCAGACACUACAUUUCAAGAAGUACUUGAUGUUGCAGUGCUGAGUGAAAAAUUAAUGAAGGUUCCAAUUAACCUUAGUUCUAAGGGUUCAGUGCUUUAUCAAUGGUGCAUCUACUUUUUUGAGAAGUGUAAUACGUGUGACCCAGAUACACUGGAACCAGAAGGCACCAGAGUGUGGGGGGUAAAUAUUAACAAAGGAGCAGUCACACAGAAACUACAGCCUGCAAGACUGAAAUGGCACAAAGUCACGAACACUCUGUAAAACAUUUCAUUUACUGGGUACUGUGUACAAAACAUCUUAUGUACAGAAUAUAAAUAAAAUUGUGUUCCUAUGAAUUUUUGUUGCUUGCAUUCCUAAUGGUUAUAUAUACAUAUAUUCGAAGUCAGACUAAAAGAAUGUCAGCAAAAAUGAGCUGUUGACAUUAAGCAAAACCAUAUUGCUGUCUGAACGACUCUUCAGCAUUAAAAAUUUCAUGUUCACGUUAAAUAGUCGUAUAAAACUGGAAAAACAGCCCUGAAACCACCUAUACCACAGGAGAAAGCCAGCUAAGCCAAUGUUAUACCUGAACUUCACUUCGGCACAGAACAAAGAAUCAUACAGACAGACAA